AUGAGAUCCAAUGACUGGUGGCCGUUACUGUGGAUAUGCAUAUUCCUCUGGUUCCAUGCUUACUCCGUCGGUGGUCAAUCACCGAAACCAAUUAUAAUCACCACGUGUCCGAGUCAGCUGUCGGACCAGUCAUGUUCCUGUUACGACUUUGAAGACGGCAUUUUUCUCGAAUGUCCAGGAGCUACUGGAACGGGUGUGCGCAACGCACUGUCUUCGGUGACUGGAGGCUUGAUUCAGUCACUAAGCAUCUACGACCUGGAAUCCACCGUAUCUUCCUUAUCGACCGAUCUAUUUCCUCCAGACACCAAACUCAGACAGCUUCAAAUAUCCCACUCCAACUUGUCUGUAAUUGAAGAAGAUGGGUUGAACAACAUUAAAAGUUUAGAGUCUUUUUCAAUGCUAUCCGGUAAACUACGGGAAAUACCGCAAAAAGCGUUUAAUGCUUUGACACUGUUAAAGACAAUUGAUAUUGAAUCCAACGAUAUAGCUGAACUGGGUAGUUAUGCGUUCUCUGGCUUACAGUUAAUAAAAAUCAACCUCAAGGGUAACUCAAUAAUUAAAAUAUCAGAGUACUCAUUCGCUGGCCUGGAAAAUAGUCUCACUGAGCUCGAUCUGUCUGAUAACAAGAUAAAAACUUUUCCAACGUCCGCCGUCAGACGGUUAGAGCGUCUCAUGUCCUUGAGAAUUGCAUGGAACGAAAUAGCAUCUAUUCACGACGACCGUUAUUCAUUCAUGAAAAGUCUGGUGCAGCUAGACUUGAGCUUCAACAAUUUUGAAUCUGUUCCUGAAGAUGCAUUCCGAUUAUUUCCUAAGCUCAAGAUGUUGUCUCUUUACUACAAUUCGGUUGAAAGCAUACACAAACGAGGUUUCAGCACGCUGAUUGAACUCGAAAGUAUCGACAUUAGUCGCAACAAAAUAGUGUUCAUGGACUGUAGCACGUUCAAAUACAACAUUCACUUACGGACAAUUGACUUAAGCCAUAAUCAUAUUCAUUACAUUAGUGGAUUGUUUGCUAAUCUUCCCGAGCUCAGAGAACUAUUUCUUUCCGAAAACAAUAUACUGGAGAUUUCGGGUGACUCGUUUUCCAAUUCUCCGAAGUUAUCUGUUAUAUACAUUCAACAAAACGCUAUAAGAAUAAUCGAAUCUGGCGCUUUUUCAAGUUCACCCGAUCUUAUGCAAAUUUAUUUGAGUGACAAUUAUAUAGAAACCAUAGAUGCUCAUGUAUUUUUUUAUUGUAACAAACUUACAUCAUUGAGCUUGGACAACAACCACAUUUCCAACAUCGAAAACGGUGCAUUCCGAAACAACAGUCGACUUAAAGAACUCAGAUUGCAAAAUAAUAAACUAUCGAAAAUAUUACGAACACAGUUCGAGACGUUACCUGAAUUAUUGGAAUUACAUUUGCAAAACAACGCGAUAAAGGAAGUUGAAUCUGGUGCAUUCAAAACGCUCAAAAGUUUACAACACAUUAAUCUCCAAAGCAACGUCCUCACUCAUUUAGGCGACGUAUUCCUACAUGACGCUCCAUCAUUAGUGUCUAUACAAAUUGAUUCCAACGUGUUGGCCAGUUUAAAUAACAAGUCACUUCAAGGUCAAUCCAAUCUAAAAGUAAUGUGGCUUAGCCACAACAAACUAACCAAACUUGAUAAAUCCCUGUUUGCUGACUUGUAUCAAGUACAAAGGAUUUACUUGAACAAUAAUUCCAUUGAGCACAUUGAACUGGGGACAUUCGAGUCGAUGCAAGCAUUGGUGUUUCUAGAUCUUAGUUUCAAUCAAUUGCAAGAAAUUUCUUCUAAAACGUUCGCAGAACUCAGAGGUCUGAAUGAACUGCAUCUGACGGAUAACCGUAUAUCACGAAUAGACGCAAAUUCGUUCGCGGCGCUGAAAAAAUUAACGGGUCUUAACUUGUCCAACAACCCACUUACGAAAUUGCAUAAGUACAUGUUUCAAAAAGAUUUACCCAUUCAAAAUUUAUAUCUUAACAAUUGCUCUUUAAGAAACAUUGAAAACGGAACAUUUUCAAAUUUAAACGUUCUUAACGAACUUUACCUGACACACAACUACUUAUUUGCUGAUGCGUUACUCCAAGUAGACGUGCCUACGUUGACUGUCUUGGAUGCAUCUUACAACAAUUUAGAUGGCCUUAAUUCGACUGUCUUAAAGUACCUGCCAAACGUAAAGAAUGUGUAUUUAGACCAUUGUAACAUAGGUCAAAUUUUAGCCACGACAUUUAAAUUCAACCUCGAAGUCUCUUCAAUGUCUUUGUCGGACAACAAACUGACAGCACUACCUGCAGAUUUGUUCAAAAGACAGACAAGCUUAAAAAUUCUCAUUUUAGAUGGGAACGAUUUCAACACCAUGCCCUACGCUACAUUGGCGAACUGCGAGAACUUGCAAAAACUAUCCGUGGCCCGAAAUAUGUUAACUGAAUUAGAUAUGACGAAACUAACUAGUAUGAAAAACCUUCAAAGCCUCUCGAUCUCUGAAAAUCGAGUUCAAAUACUCGCCGGAUUUCCAUCUUCGCUUUUCACGAAUUUGACUGAUUUGAACUUGGCAAACAACAUACUGUCGUCAUUGCCACUCAAUUUUUUUCAGUCACUAGAACGUCUAGAUAUGUCCAAUAAUCAUUUCAGGAAAGUGCCUCCGUUGCUCAAGAGUCUUCAAUUCUUGAAUCUCACCCACAACCCACUGGGCCAAAUAUGUGAAACUACAAAACCCAUGACAAUUGAGAACAUCGAUUUAAAGGAACUCCACGUGUGUGGAACGAAUUUAUCGGUUCUGGCCAGUAACGAUUUUUUGUCUUUCACAAAUCUUCACCGUUUGUUCAUAUCUGGUAAUAAAAUAUCAAAAAUAUCACCCGGCACGUUCAGCGUUCUCGAAGAACUCCACACGCUCGACUUGAGUAAUAAUCGCAUGGAAUUUCUGCCCCAAGAAAGACUACAAGGACUAUCACAUUUGCGAUUGUUGAAUUUGUCAAGGAAUUCAAUUAAAGAAAUUGAAGACCUUUCUUCAGACUUGAUAUCGUUGCAGGUGCUUGAUAUUUCAUACAAUCAACUAGAAAAAAUCAGCAAAGGAUUGUUCCGAAACUUGGAAAGCUUGGCUGAACUAUAUUUAUACGGAAAUUCGCUAUCAUUUGUAUCACCAGACGCUUUUCGAUCACUAAAAAAACUCAAGAUAUUAGAUUUAGGUAAAAAUAAUUUCAAAAACUUGCCCAUAAACGCUCUAAGGCCAUUGGAAACACAAAUAAAAAGUUUGCGUACAGAAGAAAAUCCAAUAAACUGUGACUGCGACCAACAAGAGCUAUGGGAAUGGAUAAGAGACCACCAAAAAUUGACGUCUGAUUUAAGCACGAAAGGCUUGAUCUGUCAAUAUCCAUUGGAACUCAGAGGCCGGAAGUUCAUGGAACUUGAACCUCCUGCAUUUUGUGCCAUGCCCGUCGUACUCAAACUCGCAAUUCAAGACAUUCAACCGUACUCGAUAUUUGUGUCGUGGAAAGGGCGAAAUCACACAGGCCUACACGGUUACAGAGUAGCGUAUUAUCCGAUCGAAGAUCCAGAUUAUCCAGCAGCGGCCAUUUCAUCAGUCGCCGUAACGCCUAAUAUCAUGAACAAAUUUCUUGAUAAAAAUACUCAGACUACUCUCUUGGAUAACCUGAAACCCGAGACCCGGUACUUGGUAUGUGUGUUGGGCCUUGGAAAUUGGAUACCACUGAAUAGUUCGCACCAUCUACAGGACGGAUCUCAAAGUAGUCGUUGCACCGAAGUAAAGACGUUGGAAGGCGACAUGGCAUUUUACUCCGACGAACAUCACAAGAGCUCAAUACUCACGAGGCGGUUAGGUCUGAUCAUCGGCAGCUGUUUGGGUUGUGUCGUGUUUAUUGUGUUGGUGUCCGUGCUUGGGUAUCUGAAAAUAAAAAAACAAAGAGAAGAUACGAAAAGGGAACAGCCACUUCCACCCGAGUAUCUGUCGUACAGGCAUUUUUCUUUGCAUACCACCGACCCAAUUGUCGCGGGUCCAGCUUUGAGUCAAAUCGGCCCGAUUACUAGUGUACAUUAA